AACAGAGUAAUGAGAAGCCGGACUCAGCCAGGCACCUUUGAAUUCUCUUGCAUUAACAAACUGGUACUCCUUGAGUGAUCAAAUGCAAUACUAACGGUUGGAAAGGGAAGUAGCAGUGGGGACUGAUCAGGGAUCUGACUAAUUUACUAGUUAGCUGAUCUGGCUGCGUAUGAGGAGUUGAGUAAGCUGAUCUGUGGGAAAAGGGCAAGUGACAUUGGACUGAGUGCAGGAGAGGAUUUGAAAAUGUUAGGCAAGCUACAUUAAGAAAUCACCUCAGAAUGAGAAGCAUAUCUCACUGGGCCUCUCCAACAUAUUACAUAGGGAAUUACCUAAGCCUCGCAUUUGGAAACAUCACUGUAGAAGGCUGUAUCCUCUCAUCUCCAUCAGAAAAGUGCAUGUCUUUCCUGUGGGACUGAAGGAGUGAAUCAUGGAGGGACGGCAACAUCUGUGAAACUAUGCCAAAGGUGCAAAAUGAAAACAUGAUGUUCUAACUGCUUUUUCAACCAAACUUGGAAGUAUAGAGUCUCAGUUUCUGCAGACAGUGUGGCACGAAGAGUGUGCUAUGGCACAUGUUACAGUCAUUCCCAUCAUGCUGAUAAUAACCUUUUUCCAGUGUAAGACACUGUUUUCCAGUAGCCUGGCAAGUGAACAACAAGGUGUAGGAGAUGCACCUGAGCUACAUAACACUGUGUGGAUUUCCAAGCAUGAGCCUGCAGUCAUUCUGUCUUGGAACAAUAACCUGACAAAAGAAGAAACUGAGAAGUAUACUGUGAAGUAUAUUUUGAGUUACAAAUUCUUCAAUACCACUCACGAGAAUGAAGAAAGACUGCAAAAGAAGAAAAAGAGAAUAAACCUUAACUUACACUCUGGUUUUAAUGCUAAAGUCAAAACACAACUUUUUGCAAAAGAAACAGAUGAUGUAAUUAAGGAGAGUGGCUGGACAGCAUUUACUUACAAGGCACCUCCAGUGUAUAUUCAGAAUUUUUCAUGCAUCAUAUAUAACAUUUCUUUUUUCAAUUGCACCUGGUAUAUUAAAGCAGAAGCUCCUGAAGAUAUACAGAUCUUUUUUUCAUACAGACACAUAGGAAAAGAUUUUGAUUGCCAGCAAUAUAUAAAAAAUGCAAGGAAGAAAAAUAUUGGCUGCCAUAUGAAAGAAAUAUAUUUCCAGCCAUCAAGAAAAAUCAAUUUAAACAUAACUGUAAGAGGUAUGAAGAAUAAUUCAAGAUUGUCUUAUUACAAAAUUUUUACACCUCAGACAAUAGAGAAACUGAACCCGCCUAUCAACAUCUCAGUUUCCCUUGAAAACAGAAGUAUUCAAAUUCACUGGAAACCCCCGCCUACAAUUGGUUCUGCAAGUAGCAAGUGUUUUUUGUAUGAAGUGAAAAUAACAGAUCGUAAGAUUGUAAAUGUCACUGGAGAGAAAUACGAGUAUCCGUUUCAUAAACCAGCAAGAAAAUGUGCAGCACAAGUAAGGGUAAAGAAAGAGAAAUGCAUAAGAAACAAGAUUUGGAGUGAAUGGAGUGAACCAGUGCUUAUUGAUCAUGAGAAGACAGUGGACGUCAUUCUGCUAAGCCUCACAUUGUUUUGUCUCCUGAUUUUCCUUGGAGGUCUGCUGAUACGUGCAUGUAGAAGGUAUCAAUGCCUGGAAGUUAUAACCAUGCCUGUUCCUCAUCCUUCAGAUAAUAUCAAAACUUGGUUAGCUGCAGAUGACACCACCAGGUACUGGAAUCAAAUGUCAGUGCAAAGGGAGAUGUACUCAGAUGCUACUAUGGGAACACCAGAAGAGAACAGAGAUGAGAACAUUCAACAACAGAAAUGUUUGAAGGAAUCUGGAUUAGAAGGUCUGUAGGGACAAUAGACUUUUUUUAUCUGCACGCAAGAGUUACCUUUCUAUGAGGCGGAGAAUAUUCUAUCAGACCUAAGCAUGGCUGAUAUUGGAGUUUGUCUGAGCCUAGUAAUUUGAAGUAUUUUGAGCUCUGAUGUUAUGCAACUCAAAAUGAGGUUUGGAUCACAAAGGCAAAGCACUAUCUUGCAGUUUGUCUCUAACUACUACUGAUGUUCAGCCCUGUAAAAUUACAACACCUCAUACAAUAUGAUCUAAUAUUCAGGUACACUUGAGUUAAAAUGGAAUUAGGCUUAGUGUUUCAUAAUGCUGCAAUAACUUCCAAAUAUUGUCUGAUAGAUCAAUGCCUUUGAAGACUGGCUAUUCAAACAAAUUUCAUACUAGCUAUUCAACAUCUGGUUGAAGUGAUUUUAAGAGAUGGUGGAAGCAAUGAAUGUCUCUGGAAACAGCAGAGAAGCUCACAAAGGUUCUUUAAACUCUAAACAAAAUCUGCUUUCUAAGGCACUGCUUUGUGUAAGCAGAUAUCAACCAGAAAGAAGAGUUGUGUGAAGAUAAAAGGUCUUUUAAUGCGAUGGGCUUAUUCUU